AAGGCUAAGGAGCUGCUCAGUGCUGCUCAAACACUGGGGCAGAGUCACAACAGAGCUAAACAUGAGCACCAGCCAAGGCCCCUUGCAGUUCUUUCCUGGGUCCCUGAGGGGUGGCUCAGGGUGUGGGUUGGCCCCGCCAGGACCUUCCUACAGGCCUCCGGGGGCAGACGGUGGAGCCAGCGGCGCUCAUCCCUUCUCCCCCGCCAGACCUCUCUGGCUGCCUGCUGGAGGAGGGGCAGCCUGGGCAGGCUUCAGCGAGCGCCAUGGGGAGAGCAUCUUCCUGAGGGGGAGCGAGAAGCAGACCAUGCAGAACCUGAAUGACCGUUUGGCUGCCUACCUGGACAAGGUCCGUGCCCUGGAAGCAGCCAACGCUCAGCUGGAGAGCUGCAUCCUGGAGUGGCACAAGACAAAGUCCCACGGGCAGAGGCAGGACUUCAGCCAGUACGAGCAGCACGUCACCGACAUGCAGAGGCAGAUCGAGGAUGGCAAAAUCACCAACGCCAGCAUCCUGCUGCAGAUCGACAAUGCCAGCAUGGCCUCCGAGGACUUCAGGCUCAAGCUGGAGGCGGAGCGCGCUCGCCGGCAGGGAGUGCAGCUGGAUGUGGAGAACCUGCGGAAGGAGCUGGAUGGCCUGACCAUAGUGACCACAGACCUGGAGAUGGAGAUUGAGAGCCUGAGGGAAGAGCACAUCCUGAGGAGGAAAGACCACGAGGAGGACAUGGAAGCCAAUCGCUCCCCACAGGACCUCAGAGUGGAUGUGAAGGUGAAAGCUGCACCCCCUGAGGACUUGGCCAAGAUCCUGGCUGCCAUCAGGGAGGACUACGAAGCCAUCAUCGAGAAGAACAGGCAGAGCCUGGACAGUUGGUACAGGGAGCAGAGCUCAGCCACGACCCUGGCAGCGAGCCCUGACCCGGAGCAGCUGCAGCGCAACGAGAAUGAGAUCAAGGACCUGAAGCGCACCCUGCAGGCCCUGGACAUCGAGCUGCAGGCACAGAUGAGUAAGAAGCAGAUGCUGGAGGACAGCCUGGCCGCCACGCGCAGCUCCUACGCCGCCGCGCUGCAGGACAUGCAGCGCAUCAUCUGCAGGAGCGAGCGGGAGCUGGGGCAGCUGCGCCACGACCUCAAGCAGCAGAACAAUCAGUACAAGGUGCUGCUGGGCAUCAAAACCAGGCUGGAGAAGGAGAUCUCCACCUACCGCCUGCUGCUGGAGGGGAAGGCUGAGGGGGUACCAAGGAAAUCUGAAUCAAAAGCUGAAGAGCCUGCCGAGCUGGCCAGCAGGAAGAUCAAAGCCAUUGUCCACGACAGUGUGGAUGGGCAGGUGGUGGCCUCCACCAUCAACGAGCUCCCCCAGCAGGCCUGAAGCACAGACUGCUGCUGGCUCCUGGGCUCGGCCAGCCCCUGCCCUGCAGCUCCCUGCUGGGUGGGACAGGACACU